GGCUUUGGUGUGACCAGAGUUAUCUAAUUACUUCACGACAGUCUACUCGCAACGAUGUCAUCGGCGUUAUCGAUAGUGCUGCCAUCGAUGUUUUGUCAUCUCUAGCGAAAAUUUCAUGCGCCAAAAACGUAAACUAAAGACGAGCUCGUCAAAUUAUAACCCAUUAAGUGCUACGGACUGGCUUACUGGCCCUUUUAAGUGAAUAAUAAAGAUCGGGGCAGCUGGAGAAAUUGAAAGCUGCCCAUAAAGUGAGAAAAAGAGAGAAGAGGCAACUCAUAGUACAGCCGAUGCUGCGCUGCGGCAGCGGAGCAAGAAGAAGAGCGGCAACGCUGCACUGUCCACGGCUUAUAAACAACAAAAGGAAUAAAGUCGCAGUUCAGAAUUCAAUUAAUAAGUACAACGUAAUAGGCAUGUUCAGAAAAAGUGCAUAGUUCGUGGCAAUAGCAAAAGGGAACGCAUAAACUCCCAAAAGAUGCAGCAAAUGGACGAUCCGCCAUCGCUGCCCGUGGGCACGGAGGUGAGUGCCAAGUAUAAAGGCGCCUUUUGCGAGGCCAAGGUCAGCAAGGUGGUGCGCAACAUCAAGGUGAAGGUGGCUUACAAGCAGGGUCUGGGCUCUGGCAUCGUCUCCGACGACGCCAUCAAGGCACCCACCGGCCAGUUGCGUGUGGGCGCCGUCGUGGAGGUGCGUCAUCCUGAUCGCAAGGAGAUUGUGGAGGCAACCAUAACCAAGAUCCAGGAUUGCUCCCAAUACACGGUUGUCUUCGAUGACGGCGACAUUACAACGCUUAGAAGAACGGCUCUGUGCCUGAAGAGUGGGCGGCAUUUCAACGAGAGUGAGACGUUGGACCAGCUGCCAUUGACGCAUCCGGAGCACUUUGGCAAUCCCGUGGUGGGCGGACGCCGCGGACGGCGGCGGGGUCAGCUAAACGAGGAUAGUUCCGAUGACGAUGACGAAAGCGAUGCCAAGGAAGUGGUCAACGAGAAGGAGGAGAAUAUUGGCAAGGUGGUGUGCGUGGAGACCGAGUCCAAGAAGAAGGACAAGGAGAAAUGGUUCCCCGCUCUCGUUGUGGCUCCCACAGCUCAGGCCACCGUUCGCAUCCGCGUGAAGGACGAGUACCUGGUGCGCUCGUUUAAAGACGGCCGCUACUAUACGGUCCCGAAGAAGGAGGCCACCGAGUUCACCCGCGAAGUGGCAAGCAAACAGGACGUGCCUGCUGUGCAGGCGGCCCUCGAGUUCCUCGACAGCAGUAUCCUGCCGCCCCACUGGGAUCGCGACUCACUGUUCGGCCUUUCGAAUCUAUCCAGCGACGACGAGGGAGAGAUCGACUCGGACUCCUCCGACGACGAGCCGCACGAGGAGAAGGAUCGUUUUGUGGCGCAGCUGUACAAGUAUAUGGAUGACAGGGGGACGCCGCUCAACAAGGUGCCGUCCAUUCAAAGUCGGGACGUGGACCUCUAUCGACUCUUUCGCGCGGUGCAAAAGCGUGGCGGCUACAACCGUGUGACUUCCCAGAACCAGUGGAAGCUCAUAGCCGUCCGCCUGGGCUUCACGCCUUGCACUGUUAGUGUGAUGAACCUAGUGAAGCAGGCGUACAAGAAGUUCCUGCAGCCGUACGGCGACUUCCACCGCAAGCUCGGCUGCUCCAUGCUGAUGACCUCCCGGAACUCUAACCGCAGCAAGGGUAGGAGUCUGGUGCGCGCCAAUUCUGUGGCCUCGCCCAAACCCACUGAAACAACGAAGACGGAAACCAUCAGCAAAUUGGCCCAGCCAAAUCAAACAAACGUGGUUGCGGCGUCGUCCUCAAGUACAGCUUCAAGCUCGGCAGCAGCGACAUCGGCGGCCACCCCAGUCAGAGCUGCGUCCACCGCCUCCCAAUCAGCGGUCGAGGUAGAGUCCGAGGACACCAGCGAGUCCAGUGUUGUGGUUGAUUUGCCAGCCAAGAAGCAGAGGAAAGGCUCGGCGGCCAGUAGCAAUCAGCAAGGCAAGGUCAAGACCCUGGUGGAGAAGUACGAGGAGAAAUCAACCGCAGCACAAGCUUCGUCAUCCGCUGCAGGAGGCGGAAGCGGAGGAGCAGCUGCUACAGCGGGCUCGGGAACCAGCGGUUCGACUGCAGCCACAACAACACCAGCUGCGACGGGAGUAGCCUCGUCCUCAUCCUCCACCACCAAUUCAGCGACCCCAUCGUUUUCCGCCGCCACACCUGGCGGUGGCGUCUCAGCCUCUGCAGCAUUCGGCAAGGAUACCGAAUCGGAUAUGCCAUUAGCCAAAAUCAAGGCAGCUGCAGUAGCGGCGGCUGCCGCAACCAGAAACAACAGCAUGGAGAAGGAGACGAACGUCAGCUCGGGCAGUAGCGCAUCCGCCUCCAGCAAGGCCAAUUCAGCUGAGAUGCAACGCAGUCGGGAUGCCUCGCCAUCAGUCUCUGGUGGACCGCCUUCAGUUGCGGGUAGCACCUCCAUUGCACCAGCUUCCAGCGCCCAGCCGCCGUCUACGAAGAAGGAGAAGCACCAGCGUACCAAGCAGACCGACAAGGAUAAGGACAAGGAAAAGGACAAGGACAACAACAAGGACAAGGAUAAAGACAAGGACAAGGAGGAGAAGCAGCCGGGCAGCGGUAAGCGUAAGAAGGAGAAAAUUAGCGUGGAGAAGAUCGAUACGGGUGACUUUGUGGUUGGGAUCGGCGACAAGCUGAAGGUAAACUACCAUGAGAAGAAGUCACCGAGCUCACAUGGCAGCACGUACGAGGCGAAGGUCAUCGAGAUCAGUGUCCAGCGUGGCGUGCCGAUGUAUCUGGUCCACUACACCGGCUGGAACAAUCGGUACGAUGAGUGGGUGCCUCGUGAGCGGAUUGCCGAGAACUUAACCAAGGGCUCCAAGCAGAAGACCCGCACCAUUAGCACGAGCAGUGCCAACAGUGGCAGCGGUGGAGGAGGUGGCUCCCUCUCUGUGCAGGGCUCCCUGCCACCCGGAGUAGCAGAGAAGCAGCAACAGCAGCAGCAGACCGCCAAGGAGGGUGGCUCAAAGAUUCCGCCCUCGUCGGGACUUUCCUCUGGCCCAGGAGUUUCCCCGUUGCCCGGAUCCCUAGGUGGGGCCACCUCCACUCCCUCGCUGCUCUCCUCCACUGCGGUGAAGACCCCCACAUCGGCUGGCGUCAAGCGUGGACGCGGUCGUAGCGACUCAAUGCCGCCGCGCUCCACGACGCCCUCAUCGGUGGUGGUCUCUGGCGGGGGUCGCACCAAAUCUCCAGCUGCCUCGCAACAGCACCAGCAGCAGGGGAUGAAGAAGCGGCCGACGCGCGUCUUGCCGGGAACCACCACGUCCCGCCGCACCUCAGACGCCUCGAUGGCCACCGAGUCGGAUUCGGACUCCGAUGAGCCAGUGCGCCGACCAAAGAGGCAACAGUUAGCCAAAGAGAAGGCGCAAGUGGGAAAGCAGCAGCAGGGCAAGGGCCGCGCGGCCAGCAGUGCCUCCUCUACGGCCCCACCUAGGGAAGAUCCCAGCGAUGAUUCCGAAGAGGACGACGAGGAAGAGGAGCCGCCGAAGCAGCAGCAGCAGUCAGUUUCCGCACGGGGAGGAUCCCGAGCUGGCGGCAACCGAGCCAUGAGCAGUGGCGCUGCCUCCGCCAAGGGGCGUGACUACGAUCUCAGCGAGAUUCGAUCGGAACUGAAGGGAUUCCAGCCGCAGCUCCUCACAAAUACCCUGCCCAACGAAGAGCGCAAGAAGGAUGCCGCCAUUAAGACCGAGUCGUCGUCGUCAUCGUCCGCCGCCGAGCCAGCCGCUCUGCUGCAGGACGUCGUCAAGAAGGAGCCAGGAAAGCUGGAGUCCUCGGCUAAGAGUCGCAGUUCCACCGAAAUGUCUUCUGAAACAGAAUCGUAUGCGGACGAGGACUCGCAGUCCUCUGACUACCGCAAGCAACCGAAGGGAGCCGGCAAGCGGGAGCCCAUAAUGGGCACCACUCCCUCGAAAUUGCAGCAAGAUCAGCUCAUACCCAAGCGCGAACUGUCGGCUGUCAAGGAGGAGCCAGCGCUAAAAGUGGAGCCGAAAGCGGAGCCAAAAACCGAGGACGAGCCGACACCAAAGAACAAGCCACCCUUCCUCGGGGCGGACAUUAAACCCACCACCCUGAUAGCUCCAGCUAGAUUUGGGAACACCUCCGCUCCCUCGGUCCAAGCUCCGGCCGCCACUGGCUCUUCCACAGCCAAAUACACGUCGGUGAUUGUGGAGAAACUACUGACAUUCGGCGGCAAGAAGUCGGCAGGCACGGAGCAGCAGCAUCUGUCUAUGAAGAAGACGGCCGUGGCAGCGGGCGGCAGUCAGGAAUCGAAGAAGUUCGCCGAACCGGUAGCAAGCCUGAAAGUGGAGCUACCGGCAGCCUGUUCGCCUUCAUCCUCCUCCUCGUCAUCCAGUUCGUUCUGCUCGAGCGGAUCGGGGAGCGGUAGCUCCAGCUCGGCCACUCGCUCCUUGCCGGACAUGAGUAAGCUGGAGAUCAGCAGUGGAACAACUGCGUCGGCUGUAGCAGCAGGAGCACCCUCAACGAGUACUCCGGCCAGUGCAUGCGGCAGCUCCUCGGGCCCCAGCACCGGCCCCUCCGUCAAGGAAAGCAAGUACAGCAGUAGCAGUGGCGGAGCUGCAGCAGCGGCAGCAGCAGGAUCGGGACUAAACAUGCGCAAGCUACUGUCCUCGGACGUCUAUGAGUUUAAGGACACGGAACCGUUUGAGUUUGAGAAGCGCAUCUCGCCCAUGGCCUCGGUGGGGGCAACAGGAACUGGUACAGCUGGAGCGGGAGCAGCUGCCCCCGGAGCAGUAGUUGCCUCGGUAAUCACCGCUGUGUUGCCGCCAACAGCGGGCGCAGGAGCAGGAGCAUCCGCACCGGGAUCAGCCACAGCUACGGCCACAUCCUCUGGCGGCGCUGCUGUUGUGGUCAGCUCGGCAGCCAGGAAGCAAGCCCUGAAGGCCAGCGCCAUGCAGCAUAGCCUAGAAGUGCACCAGCUACACCAGCCCUCUUCCUCCGCCGGUUAUGGUCCCAUUUCGAGCGGAGCGUUAACCGGAUUGACAGCUGCCGCCAAGCCGAAGAAGAGAGGAUCACCGCUUAAAGAAGCUUCUCUGGGUCUGGAAAAGAGCAAGACCCCAAAGCUAGACAGGGACCAAGUCCAACAGAUGGACUCGAAGCCGCAACAGCUGACGCCACCCACCUUAAAGGUGCCCCAGUCGGGGGGUGGACAACUAACGCCCUCUGGUGUGGCAAAUCCAGUCAAGAUGCACACGCCACCAGGAGUGGGAGCAGGGUCUGCUGCAUUGAGUACAACGCCGACGGCCACGAGCGCCGCCAACACUUCGUCGUCUAUGGCCAUUCCCGUCCAGCUGACCCCACAUCAUGCGACGCCCUUCGAUGCCCUGAGAAAGUCGCCCAGCUUCAACCUCAACAUCACCGCCCUGAACGAGGAGUUGGCGCAGACGGUCCAGGAAACCACGCGAGCACUCACGGAUGCCCUGCAGCCACCGCCAACGACGCCCGUGGCUAUACCAGUACCUGUGCCCGGGAUUCCGACGAUUGUGCCCACGGCCUCAGCCGCCCUCAGCUGUCCUGGCACACCGCCAACAGGACCUAGUUCCGCCGCCGCUGUUGCCGCCUCCCCCAAGCUGAGCACUCCACCGCAGGCGCCCAAGCAGCGCCGCUCCCACAUCGUGGGCAGUCCCUUCAUUGAGACGCGCAACGUGUUUGAGCUGAGCACCUCCAACGAAGGCAGUGGCUAUAGUUCCGGAGAGUCCAAGGACAACAAAUUCGAGAAGCUGGAGAAUGUGAAGAUCCUUCUGGCCGGCGCAGCCGGACCCUUUGAUCUCGACGCCGGCAGCUACGAGCAGAAAACAAGCUCCAUUGCGGACAAGGUCCUCAAGGCUAUCAGUCAGAAGAAGGAGGAAGUGGAGAACAGCAAGAGCAAACCGGCCGCGGCAUCAUCGGUGGUGGAAGCCACAGUUACCGCUAAGCCAGCGGCGCCGGAGGAUAUACCUCCGCCCAAGCUGGAGCCGAGCAGCAGCCAGUCCAUUAAGCUGGUUACCUUGAAGCUGUUGAGCGAGCCACUCAAGAUCCAGACGGGUCCACUGUUAGGCGAGAUGUAUCGACCCGGGCCGGCUACCAGUAGUCCGGAGACUAAGUCCAUACUGGAAUCCUCGUUGCCGGCGAAGAACAGCGAGCUGAGCGAAACUAUUCAGAAGCUGGAAUGCGCCAUACAGCAGCGAAAGACCCCGGUAGGUGGAGCUCACUCGCUGGCCAGCUCCAACGCCGGCACACCGCCCACCGCACACACGCCUAACUCGACGGCCACCGCGGGACCGGGAUUCUCCGACGACGAGUCCAUAGACAGCACCGAUUCCGAGCAGAGGUUGGUCAUCGAGGAUGUGAUAGCAGAGGAGCACACCACCACCACGACGACCGGAGAACAGAAGAGCCCGGGUUCGGGGCAGGAGGAGGGCCAGACCACGGCUACUAUGGUGACAGCGGGCACUUCCGCUGAGACGGAGGCCACCAGCAGCAGCAAUGCCACGCCACCGGUCUCUGCACCCGUGAAGCUGGAACUUGGCGCCGCUGGGAAAGCCCUGCCCGGUAUCCAGGCGCCGAUUCCCCUGAAGCUCACCGAGGGCGGCAGCUCCUUUGCAGGCAAGCUGACUGCUGUUGUGACUCAACCCCCGCCACUGGCCAAGCUUCAGCAAUCGGAGGACUCAACCAAGACGACCCUCAGUUCUUUCGGUAUUCCCAUCGUCGUACCCGAGAUCCCCGCCUCCGUGGUGGUGGCCACUCCAGCUCUUAUGGUUGCCUCUGUCCCAAGCUCCGCGUCCUCUUCAUCGGUGAUGCGUCCAAGUCCCGGUUCUACUUCAAGCUCACCCGCAGCUGCAGCCGGCACACCCGUCUUGAUCUCACCCAAGGCCUUCCAGUCGGCCUCGAAAGUGGGUGCCGCUGAUGUGUCCGGCGGUGGACUGCUCUUAAAAACCUAUACGGGCGUCGGCGGUAGUGGAGUGGUAACGACUACCGUAGUGGCACCCGUUGUCCCCUCGAAUUUUGCCCAACAUCAGGGACAGCAGCAGCAACAGCAGGCCACCGGUGUGCUCCAAGCAACGCCAGAGAUCCCCAGCGGCUACAUAAUCGAUCCGGAGAGUGGAGCAGAGGUCCCUAUCAACUCGCCCGUGGUGGCCCGUCCGUUUGUAAUGCAUGCCGUCGGCAAGGAGAUCUUCAAUGUGGCGGCACCGGCUGGCUCCCCCCUGAUCAGUGAUCCCCACAACGAUCAGUCCAUCAACUUGCUCUGCGAAGAGACUAUUCCCGGCAGUCCGGCGCCAAACUACGGUGGCAAAGAGGACCAGUUACUGCCCGCCUCCAUUGGCCCUACGUUGGCCAUCGUCUCUGGGGUUACUCCGCUGCCGUCGGAUGCCCCGCCAGCAGCAGGAGCUAUGGCUACUGCUCUCCAGCAGCAGCCACAAACACAGCAAAUGCAGCAACAGUCGGCCUCGGAGGUGGUGAACCCCUCGGACACCAAUAGUUCCCCGGACUCGGCCAGCCAGGAGGAUGAGAGUGGCGAGGAGACGCAGAAAAAGAACCCAGAGCACGGACACGAGCUCGAAGACCCCACGGGACUGAGCAAGCGCAAGCGCACCCGGAAACAGGUGCCCAUGAGCGCCCAGGCAACGGCUGCCGUUGCCGCUCAGCUGCAGUCUCUGGGCAAGCGGCGUCGCCAGGUGUCCGGGAUGCGUAGCCAGAAGACAACCACAACGACAGCUGGCUCCGAUACGGACGACAACUCGGACAAUAUUAUGCCCAUCGCAGGACAGCAACAGCAGCAGCAGGUGCAGCAACGUCAGAGUGCCCGCCACCAGCUGAUGUUGCCCCAGGCCAGCACCCAGUUGCAGCAGCAGCAGCAACAGCAACUGCAGCAACAAUUGCAGCAGUCGAUCGUGGGCAACCAGCCCGGAGUGCGUCCCUGUCCCUACAACUUCCUCGUGGAGCUGGAUCCCGCUCUUAGCUCCGACGAGUGCAUCACGAUCCUGCGCAAGCAGAUCCAGGACCUACGAAAGGCUUACAACACCAUCAAGGGUGAACUGGCCGUCAUCGAUCGGCGUCGCAAGAAGCUGCGGCGUCGCGAGCGCGAGAAAAAGCAACAGCAGAUGCAGAGCCAGCAGCAGCAGGGCAAGCUGUGUGCCUAAAAUUGGUCUCCCACCCACCACACACACACCCAGGAUAAGUGCAAAUAAGAAGGCAAAAGGUUAAAGCAAGCAAACAAGUGAGAGGGAGCAUAUACAAUUGUACAAUAUCUUUUAACUUUUAUUUUUUUUCGCUCCUCUUGCUAAUUAGUUUAUAAAACAGUGAUUAAGUAAACGUCGAAAUUUAUGUAGGGUUUUAUAAAAAUACAUUUAACAAGAUGUAUACACUGUCUAAGCAGAAAUA